GCAACAGCUGCCGUGCUUGCCAACCACAAAACAAAUCGGCGCAAACGAGCAGGAAGGACAACUUGUGACAAGCGGUGAUGACAUCCCCAUCAACACAGCAGUCGACGGCGCGCACCAAACACAGCAUCUGGGAUGUCACCAACGAGGACGUGUUUGAGUAUGGCCGCCUGUCUCAAGAUGCUCCCCGUCGAGGUGCCCUCGCGCUUCAGCUGCAGAAUGCACUCGAGCAUGCACAGUGGUGGCUGAGGAACCAGUCGCAUGACACGCUGUCCAUCCCGCCGUUCCUGCUGGCCCUCUCAAUCCUGAGCCGAUGCCAGGAUGAUAUUGGCAGAGAUGCCACUGUCACCUUGCUGGCAGCACUCCAAAGCCUCCCUCACAUUCGAGACGUCGACGUGCCUUGCCUCUUCUCCCUAUCACGCGAUCUCGCGAUUCGCAUGUCGAAUGGCAUGCUGCUGGGGCCACGCGCUUUCAUAAUCAUGGCACAGGCGCUGGACGCCAUCAACCUCCGUCUCAUCACACAUGCAUAUCUAGGCCAUCUCACCCGCUUUGACCACGCGGCCCUCCACGAUCACCUCGAUAACAUGCAAACGCGCCUUAAGGAAUGCUAUCGGUUCUUUGAGGAGGACGCGCCAGACUAUCUGCUGCCAGAACUUCGCCGCUGCUGCGACGCAGGGGUGCGGGCGGCGUUUCUGAUGCCGGUCAACUUUGAGCCGUAUUCGGACACGUUGGACGAGAAGCACCCGCCACAGGAGCUCGCCUACGUCCUCCGCCUCUUCUGGCCCCACUGCUGCGAGGAAGUGCAAACUGCGGAGCUGUUAAUGGAAAGAUUGGAGGCGAUAGUUGCUGAUGCGUUCACCUCGGAUCUCUACCUCGCUCUCUGCGUUCUCCAAGUCCUGUUUGAGAUUGCUCAGUGCCCAAACUCCACUGUCGCAUCAUGGGCUCUGCAUGAUCACCCGUGUAGUUUGUGGUCGCUGCUGAACGCCCUCAAGUCAGGGUAUGUGGAGUGCACACACCAAGCCUGCAUCGAGGCGGUCAUCAUUGCGUAUCUGCGAACGCUUCGCCACACGUCUGCCUCUGUUGCCGCCCAUGCAGAGUGGCUGUACAGCAGCAUUCCGAUGGGCUUCCCCCACAUUAACCUGUCGCUGCUGCAGAAGAGCGCCUUUCACAACGCCUUUGUUACGUUUCAACGAGAUUCGUUUCGGACGGGCGGUGCGUCUGUGCUCGGCAUCACGCUCGUGCAGUCGCUGAUGCUUCCGUCCAUGCAGACAACGCGGAACCCACAGGUGCCGCUCACAGACACGGACCGAAGCAAGUCUGGCCGCCGCCCCGGUGCUCACAGCGCGCGCCUCACACGCGUCGCGCAGCGCUCGCAUGAGGAUUUGCUCGCGUCGACUGGUGUUGAUGGUAGCGGCACGCAGUCACUGCCAUCAUCACCGCAGACACUGCGCGGGCGGCGGGUUAGACGGCACGUGCACGCCGGAUCUGCUGGUGAGAGUAUGAACCAGAAGCAGCCACACCACCAGUUGCAGCGACAAGGGAGCGGACCCAAGAGAAGAGGUGGCCCGCAGGUGAGCAGGGCCGGUGACGUGGAUGAUGGCAAUUGUGGCAAUGGUGGUGGUGGCCGCGGUGGCGGGGACCGCGAGCAGGGUGUCCGUGAUAGCUCGAGGAUGCGAGCGCGAUCAGCGUCGCCGCGUGGCAAUCGUCGGGGCCGCGAACGACCGCGUGUGGACGUGGGGAAACACGAUGGCUCCUCGGGUUCCAGUUCAAAGAGUGGCAAAACAGCAGCAGGUGUGGGCAACAGGGACGAACGCGGGGGCGAUGAUGCAGGGCGUGCGAAUGACGAGAGUGGCGACGAUGUGGUGUCACGUGUUCGUGCAAAGGAGAAGAAGCUGCUCCAGGGCAAGUCCAAGAAGCAACAACAGUCCUUCAACGCGUUCAUGUCCAUCCUUCAACACCAGGCUGACCAGCAGUUUCCCUCGCCAUACAAAGGCAAGAAGAAGGACGAGACGGCGUCCCCCAAGCCUCCUUCGCGUACAUAGCCCUCCUCCACCCCGUUUCUCACACAGCCUCGUGUAUUAUAACUGGAUGAGUGUAAAGGAACACACCCGG